AUGCACUCGCUCUCGCACUCGUCUUCCUCUGUGCUCCGCCGCGCCGCCAUUAAAGCUGCAAAGCCUGCUCUUGCUCGCGGGGCUCACAAGGAUAUCAAGUUCUCGAAUGAGGGGCGCGCCAGCAUUUUGACUGGUGUUGACACUCUCGCCAACGCUGUGAGCGUCACCCUUGGCCCAAAGGGUCGCAACGUCAUCAUCGAGCAGGCGUUCGGUGGUCCCAAAAUCACGAAAGACGGCGUCACUGUUGCUAAGUCUAUCGUUCUCAAGGACAAGUUCGAGAACCUUGGUGCUCGUCUUGUUCAGGACGUCGCGCAGAAGACGAACGAGAUUGCCGGUGACGGUACGACGACUGCCACUGUGCUUGCGCGGGCAAUUUACGCCGAGGGUGUGAAAAACGUCGCUGCCGGUUGCAACCCUAUGGACCUACGCCGCGGUUCGCAAGCUGCAGUUGACCGCGUCGUCGAGUUCCUCGCUGCGCACACCAAGACCAUCACGACAUCCGCUGAGAUUGCUCAGGUUGCAACAAUUUCUGCGAACGGCGAUACGCACGUCGGCAACCUGAUCGCACAGGCCAUGGAGAAGGUCGGCAAGGAGGGUGUCAUCACUGUCAAGGAGGGCCGGACGAUCGAGGACGAGAUCGAGAUCACAGAGGGCAUGCGCUUCGACCGUGGCUUCAUCAGUCCAUACUUCAUCACGGACGUGAAGUCUCAGAGGGUUGAGUUCGAGAAGCCGUUGGUGCUCUUGUGCGAGAAGAAGAUCAGCGCGUUGCAGGACAUUAUUCCGACGCUGGAGGCAGCUGCCCAGGCACGGCGGCCCCUGUUGAUCGUCGCGGAGGAUAUUGACGGGGAGGCUUUGGCUGCGUGUGUCGUCAACAAGCUGCGUGGUCAGCUCCAGGUAUGCGCAGUUAAGGCGCCCGGCUUCGGUGACAACCGCAAGUCGAUUUUGGGUGACCUUGCGAUUCUCACUGGCGGUACGGUGUUCACGGACGAUUUGGACAUCAAACUCGAUCGUAUGACACCCGACAUGCUGGGCUCAACCGGCUCUGUGACCAUCACCAAGGAGGACACCAUCCUCCUCAACGGCGAAGGUUCCAAGGACUCGAUCCAGGCGCGUUGCGAGCAGAUUCGCAGUCUGAUCAAUGACCGUACUACCAGCGACUUCGACCGUACUAAGCUGCAGGAGCGUCUUGCCAAGCUCAGUGGAGGUGUUGCGGUCAUCAAGGUUGGCGGCAGCAGCGAGGUCGAGGUCAGCGAGAAGAAGGAUCGCUACGACGACGCUUUGAACGCGACUCGUGCUGCGGUGGAGGAGGGUAUUCUGCCCGGUGGUGGCGUUGCAUUGCUCAAGGCAUCGCUCUCGCUCGCAACCAGCUCACCUGGUUCUUCGAACCCUCUGCCUACAGCUGAUCUCAAGGCUGUACCGACGGCGAACUUUGACCAAGACCUCGGUGUGUCGAUUAUCCGCCGGGCACUCACGACGCCAGCGCGAACGAUUCUGUCUAACGCAGGCGAGGAGGCAUCGGUCAUCGUCGGCACUCUGAUCGCCAACUAUGGCUCGCCCGACAAGUUCGGCUGGGGUUACGAUGCGAGCAAGGGCGAAUACGUGGACAUGAUCAAGGCUGGUAUUGUUGACCCUCUGAAGGUUGUACGGACGGCCCUGGUUGAUGCUGCUGGUGUUGCGAGUCUGUUGACUACAAGCGAGGCGUGUGUGGUCGAGGUGGAGGAGCCGAAGCCGGCUGCCCCUGGCAUGGGUGGUAUGGGUGGUAUGGGCGGCAUGGGAGGCUUCUGA